CCGGAGCCCGUCGGAGCUCGGGGCGGCGGCGUUCGCCGCCGGCCAUGGCCGCGCCUGCCGCGCUGCUCAGCCCGCACCACCUCCUGUCCUUCUGCUUCCCCGCCGCCGGCGGGCUCCUGGGCUAUGCCGACCUGGAGAAGGGCUACGAGGGCGGCGGUGGCGGCGACGCGGGGGACUUUAGAGAAGCCACCCGGGACCUGCUGAGCUUCAUCGACUCGGCCUCCAGCAACAUCAAGCUGGCGCUGGACCGGCCGGUGAAGUCGCGGCGGAAGGUGAACCACAGGAAGUACCUGCAGAAGCAGAUCAAGCGCUGCACCGGCAUCAUCGCCGCCGCCGCCCCGCCGCCCGCCGCCUGCCCGCCCGCCGCCUGCUCCGCCCGGCCCCCGCCGCGCCGGGAGCCCGCGCAGGCGGCGGGCAGCAGCCUGCAGAGCAAGAGCCUGGCCGCCCUCUUCGGCUCCCUGCAGCGGGGUCGGGGCGCGGCGGGCGGCGCCGAGGCCAGGGCGGGCGGUGGCGGCGGCGGCGAGAAGGCGGCGGGCGGCCCGCGGAAGGUGCCGCUGCGGGACCGCAACCUGCCGCCCUCCUUCUUCACGGAGCCGGCGCUGCCCGCGCCCGCCGCCCGCGGGCCGCCCGCCAAGGAGCCGGAGAAGGGCGGCGGUGGGGCUGCCGAGGCGUCCGAGUUCUUCGAGCUGCUGUGCCCAGAGUACGGCGCGCUGCUGCCCGAGCACGCCGCGCCGCCCGAUGCCUUCGGCGGCCGCCUGCCCGCCGAGCUGGGGCUGGAGCACGGGCUGUACGAGCUGCCGCUGCCCGCCGGCCCGCACCCGCUGCUGGGCGGGCUGCUGUACCCCGAGCCGCCCUGGAGCCCGGCCGCGCCCUGCAGCCCGCCCAGGAAGGCGCCGCCCGAGCCGCUGCGCCCGCUGUACCCCGGCGGCCCGGAGCCGGUGCCCGGCGGCGGCGGCAGCACCGAGGAGCCGGGUGGGCACCUGCCCGCGGGGUUCGCCCCCUUCUUCCCCGAGUGCCCGCUUGCUCCGCCGCAGCCGCCCUACGACUACGGCGCUGGGUACCCCCGCACGGGCUACCCCGGGCUGUAGGGCGGCGGGGCUCGGGGUCCGCCGGGGCGGGGCUGACGGACGCUGGGGCAGCCCGAGGGCCACACGGGGCUCCGCACACCCGAAACCGCGGCCACGGCUCCCGCAGGAUCCAGCCUUGUGCGCUGCCUCCUCCUCCUGCGGUUUUGGGGGACGCUGCAAAUAAAAUGUGAAACUUUGGGUUCCUUCAGGUGUUUUUGUAGCGGCCGGUGCCCCCCUUUUUCGUCCUCCUUCGUAGGGGGCCAGGACUUGGCUGUCUGUAGGCGGACGCGUUGGUGUACCUGUAGGUACCUGGGGACGAGGGCUGCACUCCUCAAAGGCCGUGGUGACCGCUCGUCAGUGAUUUCAGUCUAAACCUAAAGCUCACGUCAACAUUUGGGGUGCGUUUAACAUUUUUCCCGGGCUCGUGUUCAUCACAAGUGCUGGCAGGUGUUCAGCUGAGGUCGCAAAGGCAAGAAAAUUGAAGUGAAGCAAAAUUAAAAAUGCUGCUACCAAAACUCAGUGUCCUGAAAUUUUAACAACGUCUUGCAGGAUCUUGCAAACGGCAGUUUAAAGCGGUACGUGAGUUAAUUGAUGGCUUAAGUUCGGGACAAAAAUUUACUGUAACUACUGCGGCCAUGUGAUUCCUACAGACUGCUGGAUUUCUUCCAGGAAUGUGUCAAAGCUCAGAAAGCAAUGCGGCUCGGUCUCAUUGUGUACAGGAGAUUAUUUGAUAAUCAUUUAAGUUAUGUAAAAGAGUCUAUGAUAGGUCCUAUAAAAAUAAAGCUACACAAUAGAUCCGAGAUCUGUGGUUGUUACUGCCGUUGAAACGCUCCGUUCACGGGGCUUUCACCGCGCCUCCAUCCUCUGUAAUGGUUUCUUGGCAGGAGUUAAGACAGGCAGUGGGUUUUGUCUUUCCUAAAUCUUUUGAAAUGCCGUAUUUUAUCCACAGCGACCCGUGCUUGUUUUGCCUUCAUUUGUACCGACUGUUUCUGUAACUUAGUAGAAAGAAAGGAGCGAAAAUACACUACAAAGGCAAGGGAUGAAAAUUGUUACAGUUAUGAAAACAGAUCAAACUUCUCGGAGGUUUCCUAUUGAGAUGCAAGUUUUCAAAGGCAAUCCUGCAGUCUGGCUCCUUGCCAGUCCCAAGUGGAUUGUUUGUUUUUGAAACGGGAUCCACAUACGGAUCAGCCUGGGGUUUUACCCUCGGUGGUGACAAAUCCUUAUGCCUUCUGCCUUUUAAAAGAUAAUGCGGAAGGUAAAGCAGUUUUUCUUCAUUCUUCAACCCAGUUUUAACUUUUCAGGCACUUGGGGUUAAGAUGGUGGGAAGUGUGGAGAGGUGAAGGAAAAUAUUUUGGAAAUAAACGGAGGUAAUGUUUUUUAGACAAUGGUUUAAUUUUACUUUUAAACAGCAAAAGCUGUAACUGCUGCUGCCAAUUUCCUCCUCAAAAGCUGCCCAAGGUCUCCACAAGCUGUAUGCAAAGGAACCACUGUGGAUGAAGGUCCACAACACUCCAGCACCCUGAUGGUUGAGUGCUGUUCAGGACAUGCACUUUUCAAGAAGAGUUUUGCAGUAGUUUAUUUCACUAAGCUUCACAAGAGUGUGUAUUAGGAUAAUUGGGCAGCCUGUCCAGCCAAGGUAGCUACAAAUUAGGUUAAUCCUGCCCUGCUGCUGGUUUUGAUGAUGGGACAAUGUCCUACUCUGUGAGUUUGGUCCUGCCUUCUUCACUUGGGCAAACCUCCCAGUUUGCAUUCAGGAGCUGUGUGCUGCCAGCUCCCAGCAGAGCUUGGGCCUAACUGCAUUUGAGACUGCCUAGGCAAGACUAGCUAGGGGAUUAUUUGUUAUUUCGCUUGGAGAUGUGUUUUUAUUUUUGCUUUUUUUGUUUUGUUUUGUUUUGUUUGGGUUUUGUUUGUUUAGCGACUGCUUCACACAUGUGAAUUUGGAGCACAUAUUGGCAGCUGCUUGGAGUAUUUCAGCUUGAUGGUGCUGUGCUAAUAAUCUUGUUGCCCAGCUUUUCUCACCUGAGCUGUGCACCCAAGAUCUGUGCUUUCAGCAGACCAGACAAAGGAUGGGGGUGAUGAUAAUGCAGUGGCCACUGCUAAGGAAAGAAACCUUUUUUUCAUUUAGGAUGUAUUUAUCUCAAAAGCUCAAUAUGCAGAUAUGUAUUAACUGGGGAGCUAAUCCGGAUAGCCUGUCCUGUCAGCUCUCUGGUUUCAGGUGUCUUUCACUGGCUCACAGGUUUCAGUGGGAUUUUGUUCAAAUAAUGUCAAAAAGAGGUCUUCAGGAAUAGAUUCUGGGAUAAACAUUGCAAACCUGAAUGGUUUGGUUGCCCUCAGGUCUCAACUUUUUUCCCAAGUGGCCAUGAAGUGCCAUGUAUCUGACCUGCCAGUGUUUUUCACUUAUUUGGUGUUCUGCUGCCUUAUAGGUGGUGCUAUGGUGCUCAGAAGCUGAGCAUCAUCAGCCUUCUUGGCUUAGACCUUGUCUAAAACCAGUGGAGAAGUGGCCCUGUGGUUGUCAGCAGAGCUGGGCUGGUACAAGGCUGGCAUGGCAGCCCAUUCCCAAUGCUGCCAGGUUGGAAGGGUUCUUUGUGGGUUUGCAAGAAGUUGGGGGCAGGAUUCAGGAGUCAGCCUGACUGAGCAGCAGUUGCAGAUGUUUCUUCAACUUAGCCUCUAUCCUGCAACAGUUCCUUAAAGAGGGAUGUUCAGUUUAUAGGAGCUUGCAGUGAAAUAAAAAAAAAAAAGAAAUCUAGCCUCAGUGUUCUUCGAAGUAUGGCUAUAUUUCUGCCAGAAGAUAUAUUUGUAUUUGAGGAGUACCUGGCAUGAGAAGACUAAUAAGGAUGGAAAGGAGCUGACAACACAGACCAAACAAAAGACUUAUGUGUAACUCCUGAGGAGCAGUGGAGCCCCUCUCUGCACUCUGGGGGUGGUGAGGGCACCCGAUCAGCCCAGGGAUUGCCAUCUAGUGAGGCUGCAUCUUCGAUCUCCUUUGUGCAUGUGUGGGCUCUUUUUGUUGGUUGUUUCCCCUAGCUUGAAUAGUGCAGGCACUGAAAACAUCACCUAACAGUCUCGCUCAGAAACACCCUUAAGAAACUGUUUUCUCUGAAACACUAAAGAGCAUCAUCUGAAGAAUCUGCAAGAAUAAAAGCUUUUGUAAUUGAGCAAGAUAUUUUGGGGUUUUUGAUGCACUUUUAUGAGGAGUCUGUCCAAAUGAACUAAAGCUGAUUCUUUUUAGCUUUUCAGUCUGAAGUGUGUCCCUUUGAAAGGAAAGGGGCUCUGUUUGGUUGGAUCGAGGUCAGACUACCAAACUAUUUCACUUUACAAAGCCUGCACUGAGUUCCUCAGAUACACUAAACUCCAUUUUGCUGCGGGUGUAUUUUACAUGUAUUACCUGAUUUUACAGGAGAUUUUGAUGAUAAAGCAUACACGGAUUAAUUUCAUGUGUAGUCAAAGUUGAUAAAGGGGAAUGACAAGAACCCUUCAUUCUCUUUUUUAAAUGAGGGAAUCUUACCUUACCUUAGUGAUUUACUGAUGAGUAACUAAGGGUUCGCCAUGAAUAGUGAUUAGAUUUUCUGACAUCUCAGGAUUUUCUGACAAACAUCUGUGUCUUUCCCAAAGCAACUUCCAGAAAAUGUUUUUUAAAAACAGGCUCAUUAACUAUUUCAUGGCCUGAGCUUGGGAUUGCUCUAAUACAGCCUGACCAUUGAUGAUGAGUCACCUGGGAUGAGUUUACAUGGUUGAUCAAACCGUGUUAGUAAAAAAGAUACAGACGUUUAUUGUAAACUCUUUUUGUUUUCUGACUUUUAAAAUAAACUGCAUUUGGCAACAGUG